ACUGUGGAUGAUAUAGAAAAAGAAAUAAAGGAUGUUGAUAAGGAACUUGCAAAGGUAGAAAUAGAGUUAACUAAAUGGAGAAACAAGCAACGAAUACUGCAGGAACAGAAAACUUCACUGAAAAAGUCUAUUAAUAAGUUGAAAUCUGAUUCUCUUGCUAGUGUGGACUGGGCAGGAACAAAAUAUGACUGGUCCGAAGCUGUUCAAAAGACAUUAACAGAUGUUUUUAAAAUACGCACAUUUAGACCUAAGCAGUUGAGUGCUAUUAAUUCAACUCUAUCUGGUCAACAUGCAAUUGUUGUUAUGCCAACAGGAGCUGGUAAAAGCCUGUGCUAUCAAUUGCCAGCCCUCAUCAAACCAGGUAUGACACUUGUCAUUUCCCCCUUAGUUUCCCUUAUGGAGGAUCAAGUUAGAUCAUUAACAAAACGGGAGAUUCCAGCUGCCCUAAUGACUAGUACAAGUUCAAAAGAGGAGACAUCAGCUGCUCUGAAUAUUCUAAAGGACAAAAACACUAAGAUUAAACUCCUGUAUGUAACACCUGAGAGGUUAGCUAAGAGUAAAAGAUUCAUGUCCAACUUACAGAAAUGUUUUGCUGAAGGCAGAUUACAAAGAAUUGCAAUUGAUGAAGUACACUGCUGUUCACAAUGGGGACAUGAUUUUAGGCCAGAUUAUAAGUUCUUAGGUAUAUUAGCAAAUAUGUUUCCAAAUGUUCCAAUAUUAGGUUUAACUGCUACUGCUACAGCCCAUGUAUUAAAUGAUGUACAAAAAAUUCUUAAUAUCCAAGGUUGUCUUGUCAUAAAGUCAACAUUUAAUAGACCUAAUUUAUUCUAUAAGAUUUUAGAAAAGCCAACAUCACAAGAGGAAUGUAUAAGUAUCAUUGAGAAACUAUUAAAAUAUAGAUAUAAAGAUCAAAGUGGUAUAAUAUAUACAAAUAGCAUAAAGGAUUCUGAAGAUGUUGCUUCAGGGUUGAGGAAAGUAGGGUUGAAAGUUGGAUGCUAUCAUGCCAACAUGGAAUCCGAUGCACGAUCCAAAGUGCAUAUGAAAUGGCAUGAUCAUUAUUAUCAAGCAAUUGUAGCCACUGUUGCAUUCGGGAUGGGCAUAGAUAAGCCUGAUGUUAGAUUUGUAAUACAUCAUACAAUAAGUAAGUCAAUGGAAAAUUAUUACCAAGAAAGUGGCCGAGCAGGACGGGAUGGUCUCCGGGCUGAAUGUGUUACACUAUACAGAAUGCAGGAUGUUUUUAAAGUUAGUGCAAUGGUGUUUUCAUCUGUUGGAAGCAUUGAACAUUUGUAUGGAAUGGUGAAGUAUUGUUUAAAUGGUACUCUCUGCAGAAGGCAGCUGAUAGCUCAACAUUUUGAUGAAGAUUGGGGUAAUUCUGACUGUAAUGAAAUGUGUGAUGUUUGCUCUAAUACUAACCCAAAUAUAAAGACAUUAAGUCUUGAAUCACACUGCUGUACCAUAGCUAGUAUUAUUGACAACGCUGAAAAACAAGACACUAAACUGACAGCACAGAAAAUAUUAGAUGCUUGGUACUUAAAGGGACCUGUUCCACUAAGGCAAAAGGGAAAAGAGCCGAACUUCUCUAGGAGUGUUGGAGAAGAUAUAGUGGCAUACUUAUUAGUUGAAGGGUAUCUAGUUGCCGACUUUCAUUUUACUGCUUAUUCCACAGUUGUAUAUUUAAAGAAUGGCCCAAAUAUGGAGUCUAUCAAUGAUGUAGGGUUUGAGCUUAAAAUGCCAAUCAGAAGGUAUACUGAGUUCCACUUAGAAAGACCAGCACCUAGUGAAUUUGAAAAUGAUAAAAUAGAAGAUCUUAACACAUCAAAGAAGAGGACAGCCAGCUCACAUAAAUCAUCUAAAAAACUAAAAUCCUGUGUCAUCAUCAGUGAUGACGAGGAUGUGUAAUAUGUGUUACUGAUGGCCAUAGACAAUGUAUAGUACAAGUAUUUAGUAAGUGGCUCCCCUGCGGAAAAAGUAAGACCUGCCAUAAAGCUUGCAGAUACCUGAGUUGUUUCAGUUCAGGCAGGCUUAUUUGUAAUAGCAUCAAUAAUAAAAACAUGCUUUUGAA